AGAUAACAUCCUUGUCGUACGACAAACGUCAUCUGCCGGUUUCCUGGCUGCUGCAGUGCUUCGGUCCGGUGUGUGAUGCGUUGGGAUGGCUGUGGCCGCAGCGGCAGCUGCUGCGGGCGCAUGUGCUGGCGGCGGCGGCCCAGGCCUUCGCCACCCACCAUGUUACGAGGUACCAACAGCCCCCACCCGCGCAGUGCAGACGUGCGGCAGACGUCAGCAACAACAACAGCAGCGGCAGCACUCACGCCCCCCCGCUGCUGCUGCUGUCGUACAUCCCGGGGAGUCCUGUCGUACGAUUCGUACAUGACUGCCUGGCUGCCACUCCGCCGCAUGAGCGGCUCCAGCUGCUGGAGGCGGCCAUGCGCCUCAACAGUGCUGCUGGUACUGCUGUUUCUGCUGCUGCGUCGGCAGGCAGUCCCGGCUGCAUGGCCGAGGAGGAGCAGGCAGGGACUGGAAAGGAGCAGGCUGGGAGGCAGGAGGUGGCGGACGAGGGAGUUGGG